AGUAUAAAAAAAGGAAAUUCCGUUUGACCGCCGGGCACACUUCCCUGCUCGGCCCUCUCCCGCCAUGGCCAUACCUUCAGCAUUCUCUAUCUCGUCUCUCCCUUUCCCCAUUACCUCUCUCACUAUUCACAAGCCUUCUUCUUCUUCUUCUUCUCUAACGCUAUAUAAUAAGCGUCUUCCCCAUUUCCAAAACCCCGGCUUCUGCUCCGUGAAGCCGCUCCAACGAUCUCGAACUCUCUGCAAGUUCUCAAGGUCCAUUUUUCCGUUCGAAUCUCAUGUAUCGGAUGAGAACGAAGACUGCGACGAGGAGUACGAAGACGACGACGACGAGGAAGCCGCGGAAGAGUAUGAAUACGUAUCGGACGAGGCAUCCGGUGGAGGCGAGGACGACGAGGGCGAAGGGGAGUCUGAUUAUUCGAUUGGUGCGGCGGAAGAGGACGACGAUGAGGAAGCCGCGGAAGAGUAUGAAUACGUAUCGGACGAGGCAUCCGGUGGAGGCGAGGACGACGAGGGCGAAGGGGAGUCUGAUUAUUCGAUUGGUGCGGCGGAAGAGGGUAAAUUGAGGUUUGAGGAGUUUAAGUGGCAGAGAUUCGAGAGGAUUCGCAAGGACGUCCGGGAGUUUGGAGAAGAGAUUUUAGAUGUUCAUGAGCUUGCUUCAGUUUUCAGUUUCCGAAUUGAUAAGUUUCAGAGGCUGGCGAUUCAAGCUUUUCUAAGAGGCUCUUCUGUUGUGGUGUCUGCCCCAACAAGUAGUGGCAAAACUUUAAUUGCUGAAGCUGCUGCUGUGGCGACCGCCGCAAGGGGAAGGCGAUUGUUCUACACUACCCCUCUCAAGGCUUUGUCAAACCAGAAAUUUCGGGAAUUCCGGGAGACAUUUGGAGAUAGGAACGUUGGGCUUCUGACAGGAGAUUCAUCUAUAAAUAAAGAAGCCCAGAUUUUAAUCAUGACUACUGAGAUUUUGCGCAAUAUGUUGUAUAAGAGUGUUGGAAUGGCUUCAUCGGACAGUGGGCUUCUUCACGUUGAUGUGAUUGUUUUGGAUGAAGUACAUUAUCUAAGCGACAUAUCUCGGGGUACAGUAUGGGAAGAAAUUGUUAUUUACUGCCCAAAGGAUGUUCAACUUAUAUGUUUGUCAGCUACUGUUGGCAAUCCAGAUGAGUUGGCUGGUUGGAUAGGUCAGAUUCACGGCAGAACUGAGUUGGUGACCUCGCAUAAACGUCCUGUUCCAUUGACUUGGCACUUCUCAACAAAAGGAGCUUUACUACCUCUUCUCAAUGAAAAAGGCAAAAGCAUAAACCGCAGUUUGCCACUCAAUAAUCGACAGCUUGAUGAAUCUGGGGCUAUUUUACGUAAGGAUGGAUGGUAUAGGAGGAAGUCACGAAGACAUGAAAGUGAUUUAAAUUUACUCUCUAAGAAUGAGAAAACUGCUCUUCGCCGCUCACAGGUGCCCCAAGUUGUUGACACAUUAUGGCAACUAAAGGAAAGGGGUAUACUUCCAGCAGUGUGGUUUAUUUUUAGUAGGAAGGGAUGUGAUGCAGCUGUUCAAUAUCUUGAAAACUGUAUGCUACUAGAUGAGUGUGAAGCGUGUGAAGUUGAUCUCGCCUUGAAGAGGUUCCGAGCUCAAUAUCCCGAUGCAGUGAGAGAAUCCUCUGUGAAGGGUCUACGAAAAGGGUUGGCGGUACAUCAUGCUGGCUGUCUUCCCUUGUGGAAAUCAUUUAUUGAAGAGCUAUUUCAGCGAGGACUUGUUAAGGUUGUCUUUGCGACUGAGACACUUGCUGCUGGAAUUAACAUGCCUGCUAGGACAGCGGUUAUUUCAUCUCUCAACAAGAGGGCUGACAGUGGACGUGUCUCAUUAAGCUCAAAUGAGUUAUUCCAAAUGGCGGGGCGUGCUGGUCGUAGGGGUAUUGAUGAAAUGGGUCAUGUAAUCCUUGUUCAGAGCGCAUAUGAAGGUCCUGAAGAGUGCUGCAAACUUCUAUCUUCUGGACUUGAACCCCUUACCUCACAAUUUACUGCUUCUUAUGGAAUGGUUCUAAAUCUUCUAGCAGGGGCCAAGGUUACACGAGGAUCAACUGAAUCAGAUGAGCUGAAAAUAUCACGAGGACGGACUUUGGAAGAAGCAAGUAAAUUAAUUGAGCAGAGUUUUGGAAAUUAUGUGGGUAGCAAUGUUAUGAGUGCUUCAAAGGAGGAGCUUUAUAGAAUAGAAAAGGAGAUUGAGAUGUUAAGUUCAGAAAUAAGUGAUGAAGCAAUUGAUAGAAAGAGCCAGAAGCUUUUGUCAGCAUCAGCUCAUCAGGAGAUUUCCAAUCUUCAGGAAGAUUUAAGAGCUGAAAAACGCCUACGUACUGAACUGCGAAGAAGAAUGGAAGUGGAAAGAAUGCUUUCUUUGAAGCCUUUGUUGAGGGAUCUUCAGGAUGGGCAUCUACCAUUUGUCUGUCUGCAGUACAAUGAUGUAGAUGGAGUUCAGCAUGUAGUUGCCACUGUUUAUUUGGGAAGUAUUGAUCUAUUGACUGCUCCAAAACUUAAGAAUAUGGUAAACUGUGCUGAUUUGUCUGCUCUAAAUAUAGAAGCAGAAAGUAACGACAUUGGUGGAGUUGAUGGUGAAGACAAUUUAAAGCCAUGCUAUCACGUGGCUCUGGGUUCAGAUAACUCUUGGUAUCUUUUCACCGAAAAGUGGAUUAAAACAGUCUACAGAACAGGCCUCCCAAAUGUUGCCUUAGCUAAAGGUGAUGCUUUGCCUCGUCAAAUUAUGACGGAACUUGUUGAGAAGGGGGCUAUGCAAUGGCAGAAGCUGGAAGAGUCCGAAUUUGGAGGUUUAUGGUGCAUGGAGGGAUCUUUGGAGACAUGGUCAUGGAGUCUAAAUGUGCCAGUAUUGAGUACUCUUUCUGGAGAUGAUGAGGCCCUCAAGUUUUCUCAAGCAUACGAUGAGACAGUAGAAUGCUAUAAAGACCAAAGAAAUAAAGUAGCUCGUUUAAAGAAAAGGAUCUCACGAUUGGAUGGAUUUAAAGAGUACAGGAAGAUCAUAGAUAUGGCUAGAUUCACAGAGGAAAAAAUUAGAAGGUUGAAGGUCAGGUCAAAUCGUUUAACAAAGCGGAUUGAGCAGAUUGAGCCGACUGGGUGGAAAGAGUUUUUAGAGGUCAGCAAUGUCAUCCAUGAAAGCAGAGCAUUGGAUAUCAACACACUUGUUGUAUUUCCACUUGGUGAAACCGCAUCAGCAAUUCGAGGAGAAAAUGAACUCUGGCUUGCCAUGGUUCUUCGAAAUAAUUUAUUAGUAAGUUUAAAACCUGCACAACUUGCUGCUGUCUGUGGAAGUCUAGUUUCUGAAGGGAUAAAACUUCGGCCUUCAAAAAGCAGCAGUUACAUAUAUGAACCCUCUGCCGUUGUCUUGGAUGUCGUCAAGUUAUUAGAAGAACAAAGAAUCUCACUUCUUGAACUUCAAGAGAAACAUGGGGUAAAUGUGAGUGUAUCAAUUGCUAUGAUACCUUGCUGCCUAGAUAGCCAAUUCGCUGGCAUGGUUGAAGCUUGGGCUUCUGGUCUAACUUGGAGGGAGAUGAUGAUGGACUGUGCUAUGGAUGAAGGAGAUCUAGCCCGCCNAAUCAAGAACUCCAAGAACCUGCAAAAUUUCUCCCAACCUCCGCCGCCGCCACCGCUAACAUACCGCAAUCUGCGCGAAGAAGAAGAAGAUAUAUAGAAAUUCAAAAUGAAAUCUGGGAAUCCGU